AGACGGUUCUUGAAGAUAUUCAACCGUCUAAUAGCUUAAGGUUAAAACGUCAAAGGACUCUGUCGUUUUUGAAAAAAAUGUUUUCUUCAUCAGACAACAUUACUAAAGAUGUUCAAACUCAUAAAGAUGGUUCCCAAUCAGAUUUGAAAAAAUUGUUUUCUUUAGACAAUUUUACUAAAGAUACACAAACCCAUAAAGAUGCCAUGAAUAAUAACAACAGAACACUAGACGAAGACAUUAAUGAAGACCGAGUGAUAGAAGAAGGCAAUAAUAACAACCAAGGUCUAGGAGAAGACAUUGCUCUAGGAGAAGACAUUCCGCCGCUGAUUAGGAAGGGAAUCAUUUCUAUAUUUUCAGGAUUAUUAGGGUUUAAUAUAAAUAAUAUAAUUGGGGCUGGGAUUUUUGUGACUCCCACUAGCAUAUGGAGACUAGUACAAUCGCCAGGAACAGCUUUAAUGCUUUGGAUUGCUGGUGGCCUUAUAAGCCUAUUUGGUAGCAUGAUUUAUGUCGAG